UAUGUCUGUCAAAUAUGAUAUUUGCGAUGCUUCAGACGAAUCAUCUGAAUCAGAUUUUCUAGAUCAAAGUUUAAGUGUUUGGAGAGGGUGGACAGUAUAUGAAAAGGAGGCAGGUUUUAGUCCGACACCUAUUGAUAUUUUUACAGCAUCUAGUCUUGGAUUAUACAGUUCUGUUUUACAUAAUCUUAAAAGUUGCAACGUAAACAAUCAGAAUGUAAGCGGUUGGACAGCUCUUAUGUACGCUUCUUACAUUGGCCAUGUUGAUAUUGUGGAUGUAUUAUUACGAGAAAAUGCUCUAACUGAUAUAAGCAACAAAAAAAAGAGAACAGCAUUAAUGUUAGCUUCAUCAUGUGGCAAUCAAAGCGUCACUCACAGGCUUCUAGAAGCUGGAAGUAAUAUGGAAUUGAUCGACGAAUCUGGGUGGACAGCGUUAUACCAUUCAACUCACUAUGGUCAUCAAAGUGUUGUUAAAUUCCUUUUGAGUCGUGGAGCAAAGACGAACAUCGUAGAACGUCAUAUGGGCAUGACACCAUUUAUGGAAGCUGCUAUACAAGGUCAUGAAAUAAUAGUUCAGGAAUUCUUAAAUUACAAUGUUGAUAUCUCUAUUCGGAAUAAGCAAGGGGAAACAGCUAGAUCUUUAGCAUUACUAAAAGGAUUCACCAAAGUUGUAUCGUUAAUUGAUAAUCAUCUUUAUGCUAAUCAACGUCCGCUUCGAUCUCGACCAGGUCUGGGGCGCUCUAUAGAUACUAGUUCAUCUGAGGAGAGCUUAUACGAACAGCGACAAUACAAUAGACCUAGAAGCAAAUUGAAAGCUGUUCCGAAUAUCGGCGAAGGACCAGAGGCUGUUCAAAGACUACUAAAUAAUAUGGAUCCUAUUAAUUCUUUAGGAUUACAAUUUUCAAAUCUGCUAACCAAUCCGGACAAUUUAACCUAUAAUUAUUUAUCGGAAAAUCCUGAUGUUAUACCAAAAGUUUCGGAUAAUGAUAAACAACCAAAAGAUUUAAGAGAGUUCUUAACUGAUAUGAACUUACUAAAGUAUUUACCAACAUUUGAAGAGCAAGAUGUAGAUCUCACCGUAUUUCUUUCCUUAAAUGAUGAUGAUCUCAAAGAACUGGGCGUAAAACUACUUGGACCGAGAAGGAAAAUGAUCAAUGCAAUAAAACGCUUACAAAACAAUUCAGAUGAGCACGUACUUUCACCUUUUGUAUCCGAUACCCUUUUAGCUAAAAAUCGAUUACGAAUUGCGGAAAGACAAAUAGCUGAAUUGCGGGAUGCUUUAUCGAAAGAGAAUCAGCUUAGAGCUAUUUCAGAAAAUUGUCUAAUGGAUGUUAAGCAAAGAUGUUCUGAUUUACAAAAAUUCCCUUCUGCCUUAUACGAACAAAUCAAGGACAUUAGAUCUUAUUAUUCCCAAAUGUGCCUUUAUCAGCAGGAAUUAUGUAGCAGAAACACCGCAGGUUCGGACAAAUCGGUUGUUCAGUUAUCCAACUUGUCUAAUCAACAACUAAUUGAUAGUUUGGUAUCAAUCUCCUCACAUGUUGGAGGAUUAAUCGAAAAACUAUACCACUCUAAGGGAUUCAUAGUGGCUUCUAAUUAUAGUUAA